AUGUCCGGCUGCGGCAUGGGCGGGAAGGGCCUGGGCAAGGGCGGCGCCAAGCGCCACCGGAAGGUUCUCCGCGACAACAUCCAGGGCAUCACCAAGCCGGCCAUCCGGCGCCUGGCGCGUUGUGGCGGCGUGAAGCGCAUCUCGGGGCUCAUCUACGAGGAGACCCGCGACGUGCUCAAGAUCUUCCUGGAGAACGUCAUCCGUGACGCGGUCAACUACACCAAGCACGCCCGACGCAAGACCGUCACCGCCAUGGACGUUGUCUACGCGCUCAACCGACAGGGCCGCACCCUCUAUGGAUUCGGUGGCUGA